AUGCCUCCAAAGAAAGGUAAAGGAAAAAAGGGACCUCCUGAGUCAGGAUGGAUGCCAGGUUUUGGAACCAAGGCCACCAUGAGCACCUACUUCCAAUACCCAACUCCCGAGCUGCAGGAGGAGCUCAGAAAGAUUGCUCAGGCCAUUGUAGCUCCAGGCAAAGGCAUCCUUGCUGCUGAUGAGUCCACUGGAACCAUGGGCAAGAGGCUCCAGGAUAUUGGAGUUGAAAAUACUGAAGAGAACCGUCGCAAGUACCGCCAACUGCUCUUCAGCACUGACCCGGCCAUUUCUGAGAACAUCUCUGGUGUGAUCCUGUUUCACGAGACCCUGUACCAGAAGGCCGAUGAUGGCACUCCUCUGGUCAGCCUUUUGGAGAAGCGAGGCAUCAUCCCUGGCAUCAAGGUUGACAAGGGUGUUGUCCCUCUUUUCGGUUCUGAAGACGAAUGCACCACCCAAGGUUUGGACGACCUCGCCCAGCGUUGCGCUCAAUACAAGAAGGAUGGAUGCCAUUUCGCCAAGUGGCGUUGCGUGUUGAAGAUUGGCCGCUUCACCCCGUCGUACCAGUCCAUCAUGGAGAAUGCCAACGUUCUGGCCCGCUACGCAUCCAUCUGUCAAAGCCAGCGCAUCGUUCCGAUUGUGGAACCAGAGGUCUUGCCUGAUGGUGAACAUGAUCUGGACCGCGCCCAGAAAGUGACUGAAGUUGUACUGGCUGCUGUAUACAAGGCGCUGAAUGAUCACCAUGUCUACCUUGAAGGAACACUGCUGAAACCUAACAUGGUGACUGCUGGUCAAUCUUGCAAGACUACUUACACUCCCAUGGACAUCGCUCGCGCCACUGUCACCGCUCUCAUGAGGACCGUACCCCCAGCAGUACCCGGCAUCACAUUCCUGUCUGGCGGUCAGUCUGAGGAAGAGGCGUCUGUGAACCUGAACGCGAUCAACGCCAUCGAGGGUCUGAAGCGGCCGUGGAUGUUGACGUUCAGCUACGGGCGGGCGCUGCAGGCGUCCGUGCUGCGCGCGUGGGCCGGCAAGAACGAGAACGUGCUCGCCGGACAGCAGGAGCUACUCAAGAGGGCCAAGGCUAACGGCCAAGCGUCGCAGGGCAAAUACGUCGCCGGAUCAGUAACAGGUGUGGGCGCCGAAGCUGGUCUGUUUGUAGCAAACCACGCUUACUAAACAAAAAAAAAACACAUUCACACAAAUUAUAACACGUAGCAACACUCGCGCUAUGUCAAUCUGUAGCGCGCCAGUUUUAUUUAUAGACUCUUAUAAUUAAAUGUGUGCGUAUCCAGCAGUAAAUGGUAACACUGGACUUUUUUAAUCAGUAUAUUAUACAUAUUUUCAAUUUUGAUCAGUAAGGUUUUAGAUGACUUUUUUUAUAAUGAAAUAUUUUUUUUUUUUGUUAGAGUAACACAAUUUCAUGUCACACGAACCUCGAAUAAGUUUAAAUGGAGUAAACAAUUUAUCAUUAAUUCAAAUUCGAUAGCGCAUAAAGGGUAAUUUUAUCAAUGUUUAUUAAUGCUAAAAGAAAGCUGUUGAUUAAAAUAGACGUAGAAUGUAAUUUGUCGCUGUAUCUUUGAGAUUAUCUUAGAAGCCAUCGUAAUUAUAGCUUCAUGUUGAUGUAAUACAUACACAAAUUAAGAAAUAACGCUCGCUUGCAAAAUAGUAGAUACCUACUAUAAGAUAAUAGUAUCAUCUUUAUUCCAUUCUGACAAUAUUUU